AUGAAGAAGAGGCAGCAGCAACCACAGCAACAGCAGCAAAAGGGUGGGGAGAAUUGCAACUAUCAACAAUACAGUCAGCACCAGCAGCAUAUGCAGAAGCAGAUUCAAUGUAACAAAGGAAAAACUUGCAAGUUCAAGAGAAGCAGUUCCAAUCUUGAAGAAGAUGGCGCUUCCUCAGCUAUUCUCUUGCUUGCUUGCAUUGCCUGCACUCCCUCGUAUUGA